UGAACUUCCUCCUGUCGCUGCCCGAUCUCCAGGCUUAGUUUAUAUUCUGGAAGGCGGCGGGUGGACGACAGGUUAGGAAAAGCUUCCAAAAGGAGGCGCCCAGGAGCUGCGUGCGGGCGCGUUCCCUGCCGCUGCCGAGGGCGAACCCCGAACGAGUUACCCCGUCCUGGGGCUGGGUCGAGGCAUUCUCACGCCGAGAAGGGUCUCCCGGGGCCUUCCGCGAGCCCGCGGUCUGUGCGGCCCUGUCGGCCGCGUUUUCCGCCGAGCAGCGUGAGAGUUUAAAGGCUGCGGCGCGGCGGGGCGCUCGCUCCCAUGGUGCCGCGCGGCGGGCGGGUUUGGAUUUUAAAUCCCCACGGCCAAUCAGCGGCGCGCAGGCCUCUGUAACGUUCCCAGCGCCGCGUUUGAAUUCGGGGCGGAGCGGAGCAGUGCAAACCCUCUGCACCGACCCUGCGUGUCCCUUGGAGCAAGGCUGGGAUCAUGAAUGCGGCUGCAACGGCAGGGAAGCUGGCGCGGGCACCCGCUGACCCGGCUAAAGCCGGGGUCCCCGGGGUUGCAGCUUCCGGAGCCCCCGCUGCUGCCCCGCCGGCAAAAGAGAUCCCCGAGGUCCUGGUGGACCCCCGCAGCCGGCGGCACUACGUGCGGGGCCGCUUUUUGGGCAAAGGCGGCUUCGCCAAGUGCUUCGAGAUCUCGGAUGCAGACACUAAGGAAGUCUUCGCCGGCAAGAUCGUGCCGAAGUCCCUGCUGCUCAAGCCGCACCAGAAGGAGAAGAUGUCCAUGGAGAUCUCUAUCCACCGCAGCCUCGCCCACCAACACAUCGUGGGCUUCCACGGCUUUUUUGAAGACAACGACUUCGUGUUCGUGGUGUUAGAGCUUUGCCGCCGGCGGUCCCUCCUGGAGCUCCACAAGAGGAGGAAGGCCCUGACGGAGCCUGAGGCCCGAUACUACCUGCGGCAGAUAGUCCUGGGCUGUCAGUACCUACACCGAAACCGGGUUAUCCACAGGGACCUCAAGCUGGGCAACCUCUUUCUGAACGAGGAUCUGGAGGUGAAAAUAGGUGAGAUGCAGCGGUGCUGA